AUGAGUUACAUGAGUAAGUUAAGCAGCAUACUUCUGCUGAUAGUGAUGUCUUUAUACCUCCGUGAGUGCACAAAAUCAGCUUUCCAAGACAUAGAUAACAAAUACUACCUAGUCAACGAGGCCCACAGUAUAGCUAAGGAUCUGUUCACACGGGGGAGCAUGAACUACGACAUACUCAAGAACACGUCACUGUACGUCAUGGAUACCUUCCUAGACCUGGUGCAAAUGAUGAAUACCAGGAUGUCCCAGGAUCUGAGGAGUGCGGUCAUAAAGUUUUACAGAAUAAAAAACUUCCACGACUUCACCAAUUAUAUGAUAAGUUUAGAAGAGAUGGUGGAUAUAAUAGAACAUUGUCUGAUGGCGCCGGUGGAAACGAUUGACGUAUUGAGAGAGCAAUUUCGUAGAGUAAUAGGGAAUUUUGAAGAUGUUCGACAGUUCGACACGGUCAAUAAAUGUCACAACGAAUUACCUGAUGAGGUGGCUGUAGCUCACUGCAUCCUACAUCAAGCUGUUCUCUUCAACGAAACGAUGCAAGACAAUUUGGUGUCCAUAGUGGAAAUAAAGACAUAUCAACACGCGAGGAAAACAAACGCAUCGCUAUACAACGUGCAGAACUGCCUAAAUAGUUUUGUGCCAAACUUCUUUGAACAAUUACUCGUCGGUACUUAUACAGAUAAGUGUGGAUACCUCAAGAUAGUGAACGCGUCUAUCAAAGAUCUCAUCGGCGACGAGUGGGGGAAAAGUAAAGACAUGCUGUUCCCGAAGAAAUGGAGCCCUCUGAUCACCAUACUUAAACAAAAUUCCACGUCAUCUGGUAUCAACGCACAACAAUUCCUCUUCAAGACUCUGCUCGCUGCCAACCUUACGUCACAGGACAUCAUAAAAACAUUAUAUUCUUAA